AACGACAUAGUCAGUCUUCUGCGAACGUUCGGGUGUUUUGGUUGUUUUGUUUGUUCAUUGUCAGCCAAAUUUCAUAUUAUUCGUUCUCAACAUACAUCACACAUAGUUCAUCCCAAAAUCAAUUCUAUAUUUCAAUCCUACACUUCGACGAUUCCUAUAACAAUACGAAAUGUUUGCGUAACUUCGUAUUGGUCUCGCUUCUGUACGCAAAGGAGGACGGGAGAAGAAAAGCGCAAUAGCGCAUAUCACAUAACAUUGCGCAGACUAGGAAAUAUUAAGGAAAUCGCGUUCGAUUAUUCGACGUUGACGAAAUCGCAUAUAGAUCGAUAACAUCUGAAGUAAAUAUUUCACAUGGCCUGUUACUUUCACGAUUUCCAAUUCAAUGAAGAAACGCAUGAGUGAUAUAUAGCUUGAAACUAUAAUGACUCUGCAAGGAUUAUUACUUGUGACUAUAACUGUGAAAACACGGUGCAUUCAGGGGACAACGAAGGACGUCGUCAACAUCUCAAACAUGUUACCAAGAACAACCGUGCACCGUUGGAAAACUUUCUAAAAAUAUGAUGUGAAAUAGGAUUUGCUUUCUUCUCCGGAAACAGAGUGAAAGCGAUUCCUCUUGUUAACUCUAUUCAUUUCUAGUCAAAGUUCAAACAAAUAGAAAAUGAGAAGUUUUCUAUGAAAAAAGUUCAUGAAACAAAAUGUAAGCGGAUUAACACCACGUGGCUUAAUAAUGUGCGAACAGUAAUCGGUUGGAAAUCAAAACCAUCGGGACUCGACCAAUCGAAAGGGAGGAAAGAAGGACAGAAUCGUUGGUAUUGUAUUAGACAUGCGAUUACAGACGUGAAUCGUAGUCAGAACGAACGCAGCGACACUCGUGGAAAGAAACCCCAAACGUAGUUUAUCGAACGAUGACCACUUCUGCCCACUGUUCUCCAUCCCGAUCGUCGUUAAGCUGCUGUCAGGUCGAACAUAACAGCCGCGAUGACGUACACGGAGUGACAGUUGCCGCGAAAAAGAAUUAUUUCGUAGAAGAUAAAUACUCUUUUCCCAGAAAGCCCGAGGUGGACCUCGCUUUUUACGACGUCCGAUAUAGAGUAAAAGAAUGGACCAUUCGACAGUUAAGACCCAAAUCCAAAGAAAUUCUUCAUGGUAUCAGUGGGGAAUUCAAAGCUGGCGAACUAGUCGCCAUAAUGGGGCCUUCUGGGGCCGGGAAGUCGACUUUGUUGAACGUCCUAGCCGGCUAUACAGUGAAAGGCGUUCGGGGAAAGAUUCUAGUGAAUGGAAAAGUUAGGGUACCGUACAGUGAGAGAUGGAAAAGAACAUCAUGCUACAUACAACAGGAAUCCUUAAUGAGAACAAGAAUCACCGUGGGAGAAGCCAUGACAUUAGCUGCACAUUUAAAACUUGGCUACAGUAUAAAUUCAGCCUAUAAACACACUCAAGUUUUGGAACUCUUAGAAAUGUUAGGAUUGAGCCAUUGCUAUGACACCCUUUGUGGAAAGUUGUCCGGCGGACAGAAAAAGCGACUUGACGUCGCUUUGGAGCUUUUAAGUAAUCCUUCAGUAUUAUUCCUCGACGAGCCAACAACCGGUUUGGAUUCGUCUUCGUGCAGCCAGUGCGUCGCACUGCUGAAGCGUCUUGCUAAAAUAGAAAGGCGUACGAUAAUAUGCACGAUACACCAACCAAGUGCGUUGCUCUUAGAGAUGUUUGAUGCCAUUUACGCGGUUGCCGGUGGAUAUUGCAUAUAUAGGGGGUCGGUUAAAUCUUUGUUGCCUCAUAUGUCCUCAAUCGGUAUUGAUUGCCCGCCUUACCACAACCCAGCUGACUUUCUUUUAGAAGUAGCGAUCGGAGAUUACGAUGUUACUGUGGACAAAUUAGCAGCUGCUGUGGAAACAGUGUCUAAAGAUGACAAUAAAGCCGUUACUUACGCGAUGAAAUCACAGUUAGAAGAAAACGCAAAUGAACCACCAACACCUGCAGGAUUCAUCGCACAAUGUUACCUACUUUAUAAGAGACAAUUACUUUCCCUCAAAAGAGACUACACAUUAUUGGUAGUACGAUUGUUGUGUCACCUGUUAAUUGGAGUAAUCUUCGGCUAUCUGUACAUGGGAAGCGGUUACAGAGCGAACGGCGUCCUUGCUAAUUACGUUUACCUGUACGGGUCUUUGCUACUACUCGUUUACACGGGUAAAAUGGCCGUCACACUUGCCUUUCCACAAGAAAUGCGGAUACUCAGCAGGGAACACUUUAAUCGGUGGUAUGGGCUAGCACCGUACUAUAUCAGUCUACUGCUCGUCGAAAUACCGUUCCAAGCAGCUUGUGCAGCGACCUAUUUGACCGUGAGUUACUGGUUAACAGGACAACCCGUAGAAACUCCUCGCAUAAUUUCUUUCAUGGUUGUCAGCAUAGCCGCUAGUUUAACAGCUCAAGCAUGGGGUUUUUUUAUUGGCGCGACCACGCCAGUGAAGAUCGCGGUAUUCGCAGGACCCAUAAUUGCAGUUUUAUUUUCCGUAUUCGGGUUCUGUAUUCGUUACAUGGAUACGCCACAGAUGUUCCGAUGGAUGUUUCAUAUAUCAUACUUUCGCGCUAGUUUCCACAGCCUGUUACACACUGUCUACGGUUUCGAUCGGAUGGACUUGAAAUGUGACGACUUCUAUUGUCAUUAUAAGAAACCAACACAAUUCCUUAAAGAAAUGGAGAUAGUCGAUAUAAGCGUCGCGAACAAUCUCAUUUUAAUUAUUGGUAUCGGCGUCUUAAUGCAUUUAUUAACUGCCAGCGCUCUCUGGUGCAAGCUUAACAGAAGAUAAGAAUUACUUAUUUUCUAUCUUUGGUAAUUCAAUAUCAUUAUCAGCCAAUUAUAUGCGAUCUCUUUUACCAUAGAAGAUAACGCUGAAAGAGUUCCUCCAGGACCUUGUAGGAACGGAUCGAAAAACAUUGAAUUUUUUGUACCAAGAACAAGGCUUUUCUUCAUAGAGAAAUUUUAUGAAAGACAUCUGUUGAAUGUACGAAAGUUGCGAAAUUUAUUUCUACAGAGAACUAUGGAAAUUAUCUAUUAAAUGUUUGUAAAGCAAAUUCUUUUGCACUGUACUUAUGAAUUACAGAAAAAUUUUGUUGAAAUCUUAACAUUUAAAAACGUGUAAAAAUUAUGGAUUAGUUGUCGAUGGCAAUUUAUGAACUUAAUCGUACUAUUAGCAAGUAGAGUUUCUGGAUAUAGAUGUAUCGCUACACGUUAUUCAAUAAUUGUCACGUUACUCCGUAAUUGCCGGGAUUAUUACCUUAUUGUACGUCUUUUUUAUCGGAUUUCUUAUAUCAGAGACUUUCGUAAGAAAUGAGUCACGAAAGCUUUAAAAUGUACUGUAGUCUCGAACACCUUUAAGAGUUACAUAAAUGUAAUGUAGGAUGCACAUAAUAGUUAAGAAAAAAUUCUAUUUUUUUAUCAUGUUUUCAUAUAUUACAAUGUUAUUGAUAGUCUAAUGGUAUUGAUAAUUAGAUUGCAGAUUUUUAUGCGUUCAUACAGAACCUAGAGAUGCGAAAUAUAUACAUAGUAUAUAAAAAUACAUAAAUAUUUAAAAUAAAGUACUCAUCGUAAUCUUCAGUAGAUGAAAUAAAUUAUAUAGAUUUUAUUUCUUGUAUUCAUAAAAAUAUAAAUUUGCAUAAAAACUCGAGACCUAUUGAUGAUAAUAUAUUAAAUCAUUCAAUAUACCACUUAUAUGCUACGAUUAAAAAUAAAAUCGAAGGUCUAUGUUAGGUAUAAUUAUUGCACUGUUUACGAUACGAUUAAUUUGAAAAAUUAAUCGAGAAUCAAACAAGUUAUCAAUUUGAAACAUUGAAUGUGAUAUUGGAACAAAUUAAGCACUUGGUUAUACUAAAAGUAUAUAACAUUAUAAAAAUUAUAAUAUCAGGGCAUUGUUUACAUCAUGUCCCAGUCAGUAGGCAAUGAUUUCAAAAAGUUAUCGUGUGCUUAUUUUGCUUAUAGCAGACUAGAAAAAUUAUUGGAUUAAUUCCUCAGAAAACGUCACGUCUUUUUUUUUCUAUUUUUAUUAUAACAGAUCUAACUAUUCUCUGUGAUAUAUUUGUUAGACAUUUCCAUAAUUUUACAUAAAUAUCAGUGUGUAAAUGUAAUUUUAUGUAAAUUAAAAAUCUAGAAUUAAUUCGUAAGAAUGAACCGUGACAAUUUUAGAUGUUUAUUGAAAAAUAUAUUCCUAUUACAAAAUAUUUGAUCUGUAUCAAUAUUGAAGUCGGAAGUUUCAAUUAUACUUUUCACUAUUUCAACACUCCUAAUACUGUAUUUAUUAUUUGUAUAAAUAUCUUUACUUGCGGAAGGAUAAGUUAUUAAUUUAUAUAUGAUAUUAUACAAUAAGAAAUAAAACUGUUUAUGAAUA